CCCUGCUGGAGAUAACAAGAACACCGACCGGGAAAAAGGGGCUAACAUCCAGUUUUUAAAGUGACAAAACUCGCACAUUUCAUCCAUCACAUAUCGGAUUUAACGUCAGAAACUCCACCCGAAACGAAUUCGUUUGAUGGAAAGCGUUGUUUCUUGUUCAGCUGGGAUUUUUGUACAGUUUUUAGUCAUCCCUUUGCCCCGACGUUUCCUUUUGGAUCAUUACACCGAGCUGCUUUUCUUCCUUUGGACGGAUUCAGUGAUGUGGCUCAGGAGCUGUUAGCAAAACUCUAGGAUUUAGAAAUUGAAUAUUUCUAUAUUUCAGAUUUUGAGGUUUUCUUUUGGAUUUUCUGCGCCUUAAGUCCCACUUUUAUUGAUCUCUAAGUGGAAGAGAAAGACUUUAAAAGGCCCAAACCCGGUGUUUUGGUCUGGCUUUAACGGUAGCUAGCGAGCUGGCUAAACUUGGAGCUAACACUGGUGCUAAUUUAGCUUUGUGAUAACAUUGUGUUCAUGUAUUUCUUUUUAUUUUUUUUUAAACCAUAUUUAUAUAAGCGAGAAUGUUUUUUUAUUUUAUUUUAGAGCACAGAUAAUAUAAAGCUUGUUUUUUAUUUCAUGUUAAAGUUUUUUUUAUCGAGUUAGUUAUGUGUUCUUAAAGCUGCUAGUUAACUAGUUUAGCAUUCUGGGAGAAUAAAUAAUGUCACUCUGGAGGGAUUGAGGCCCUCGUACUGCUUUUUUUUUUGGAUGGAUUCUGGGUGUUUUUGGAUGGAUCGGAGGAGAAAAACCUGCAACUGAAACGGUGUUAAAACUCCACAAACUGGUGAUUUUGAAGGGUCUGGUGUUUAGAUCUGAAUUCAACUUUCAAACACUGGCUGAAAAACCCACAACAGUGCUACAAAGAUGAUGUGCGAGGUGAUGCCGACCAUCAGCGAGGCGGAUGUGGGGAGUAAUGGUGGGGGGCAGGGCUCCGGGUCUCCUCACCAAUCGGAUUCCGAGGGGCAUUUCGAGUCUCUGAUGGUGUCCAUGCUGGAGGAGAGGGACAGGCUCCUGGACACAUUGAGAGAGACGCAGGAGAAUCUGGGCCUGACGCAGGGCAAACUGCACGAGGUCAGCCACGAGCGAGACGCUCUGCAGAGGCAGCUCAACUCCGCCCUGCCUCAGGAGUUUGCAGCGCUGACUAAGGAGGUGAACAUGUGCCGCGAGCAGCUGCUAGAGAGAGAGGAAGAAAUUGCUGAAUUAAAGGCUGAGAGAAACAACACACGACUGCUGCUGGAGCAUUUGGAGUGUUUGGUGUCACGUCACGAGCGCUCUCUCAGGAUGACGGUGGUGAAGCGUCAGGCUCAGAGUCCAGCCGGAGUCUCCAGUGAAGUGGAAGUUCUCAAAGCCCUAAAAUCCCUGUUUGAGCAUCAUAAAGCCCUGGAUGAGAAGGUGAGGGAGAGAUUACGUGUUGCUCUGGAAAGGUGCAGUGUGUUGGAGGAGCAAUUAACGGCUUCUCAUAAAGAGAACACUUUACUGCGAGAGCAGAACAAUCAGAAGAAACUGCUGAUCGAUGGCACGGCAGAAAUCAACCACAACUCUGAAAGCACACCCAGCACCAACGGCAAGAGAUCAUCGGAUGGCUCGUUGGGUCCCGAUGAAGAGUUGGGAAAGGUGUCAGAGCUGCAGGAGGUGUUGGACAGACAGAGCAAAGAGCUGCUUCAGAUGAAGGAGCGUGUCGUUUGCCUCAGCAGCAGAGUAAGCGAGCUGGAAGAGGACCUCGACACAGCUCGCAAAGACCUCAUCAAAUCAGAGGACAUGAACACUCGCCUCCAAAGGGACAUACGAGAGUCUCUCGCUCAGAAGGAUGACAUGGAGGAGAGGAUAACGACUCUGGAGAAACGCUACCUGGCUGCUCAGAGAGAAGCGACGUCUGUUCACGACCUGAACGACAAACUCGAGAACGAACUCGCCAACAAAGAGUCUCUCACCCGCCAGACGGAGGAGAAGAACAGGCAGCUGCAGGAGCGGCUCGAGCUGGCCGAGCAGAAACUCCAGCAGACCAUCCGCAAAGCCGAGACGCUGCCCGAGGUGGAGGCGGAGCUCGCUCAGAGAGUCGCCGCCCUCAGCAAGGCUGAGGAAAGGCACGGCAACGUGGAAGAGCGCCUGCGACAGAUGGAGGCUCAGCUGGAGGAGAAAAACCAGGAACUGCUCAGGGCUCGUCAGCGCGAGAAGAUGAACGAGGAGCACAACAAGCGUCUGUCUGACACAGUGGAUAAACUUCUCUCCGAGUCCAACGAGAGGCUUCAACUGCAUCUGAAGGAGAGAAUGGCUGCUCUUGAGGACAAGAACACCCUCAUCCGAGAGCUGGAGCACACUAAGAAACUGAUUGAAGAGUCUCAGCAUGAAAAGGAGCAGCUUCUGAUCCAGAUUGAGACGAUGCGAUCAGAGAGCGAUCAAGAUCGCAGCAUGAGCAACUCCUUGCUACACCAGGGGCGCUCUCAUAUGGGCAGCACACCAGACUUCAGGUACCCGGUCUCUGCUUCAUCUAUGAUUGACAACCAUUCUGACCAGUACACCAGCUCUCUGGUGCUGAGACGGCCCCAGAAGGGGCGGGCCGCUGCUCUAAGGGACGAGCCAUCCAAGGUGCAGACUCUGAACGAGCAGGAAUGGGAGCGCGUGCAGCAGGCCAACGUCUUGGCCAAAGUGGCGUAUGCGUUUGAGAGCGACAUGGACGUGUCUGAUCUGGAGGACGACCGAGAGACUAUUUUCAGUUCAGUGGACUUGAUGUCCCCUGCUGGACAGACUGAUGCACAAACACUCGCUAUAAUGCUGCAGGAGCAGCUUGAUGCCAUCAACAAUGAGAUUAGAAUGAUUCAGGAGGAGAAAGAGAACACGGCACUGCGAGCCGAAGAAAUCGAGUCGAGAGUCGGGAGCGGUGAAAGUCUCGGCUCCCGGUUCCGCUCCAUGAGCUCGAUCCCGCCUUCCUCAUACGGUUCCCCCCACCCCGGCUCUGCACAUUCUGGCUCCUCCCCUCCAGGUUCAGGUCACUCCACCCCUCGGCGAGUUCCGAACAGAGAGAUCGACCGCAUGGGGGUCAUGACCCUUCCGGCGCAGGAUGACAAAGCUUCUAUCAGAUGCGAGACGUCUCCUCCGUCUACUCCUCGUUCAGCGAGGCUCAGUAGAGGAGGGCACGCUGCCAGUCACGAGGACAUCCGAGACAUCCGAAGUAUUUCUGCAAUGCAGGACGGUCAGGGCAGUAACCCCAGCAGCAGUAACAGCAGUCAGGACUCGCUCAACAAAACGGCAAAGAAGAAAAGCAUCAAGUCUUCCAUCGGCCGCUUUUUUGGCAAAAAGGAGAAAGGAAGGCCGAGUCUUCCAGGAAAAGACUCUUCCAGCCAAGGAGGAACUCCAGAGGGAGACGUUUCCCAGGAUUCAGUGGGGCUUGGCAAACUCGGAGGCCCUGGUGAAAAGAACAGGAAGAUGCAGAAGAAGCAUGAACUGCUGGAAGAAGCUCGUAGGCAAGGGCUUCCUUUUGCCCAGUGGGACGGACCUACUGUUGUCUCCUGGCUGGAGCUGUGGGUUGGAAUGCCAGCAUGGUACGUGGCAGCCUGUCGUGCCAACGUGAAGAGCGGAGCCAUCAUGUCUGCUCUAUCAGACACCGAAAUCCAAAGAGAGAUCGGCAUCAGUAACCCGCUACAUCGCCUCAAACUGCGCCUCGCCAUCCAGGAAAUCAUGUCAUUAACCAGCCCUUCGGCUCCGCCCACUUCCAGAACGUCCACGGGGAAUGUGUGGGUUACACAUGAGGAGAUGGAGAGCCUGGCAGCUACACCACUCACGGAGGAUGACGAGGGCAGCUGGGCCCAGACGCUCGCUUAUGGAGACAUGAACCAUGAGUGGAUCGGGAACGAGUGGUUGCCCAGCCUGGGUUUACCUCAGUAUCGCAGCUACUUUAUGGAGUCUCUAGUGGAUGCACGUAUGCUGGAUCAUCUGACCAAGAAAGACCUGCGUGGCCAGCUAAAGAUGGUGGACAGCUUUCACAGAAACAGUUUCCAGUGUGGUGUGAUGUGUUUGAGGAGGCUAAAUUAUGACCGGAAAGAACUAGAGAAAAGACGAGAGGAAUCCCAGCUGGAGACGAAAGACGUCCUGGUAUGGAGUAACGAGCGUCUGAUUAAAUGGGUGCAGUUUAUUGGGUUAAAGGAAUAUGCAGACAACUUGCAGGAGAGCGGUGUGCAUGGAGCGCUAGUGGCCCUCGAUGAAACAUUCGAUCACAACACACUCGCCCUGCUGCUGCAGAUUCCCACUCAGAACACACAGGCGAGAUCAGUGCUGGAGAGAGAGUACAAUAACCUGCUUGGUUUGGGAACAGAGCGGAAACUAGAGGAGGAUGAUGAUAAGAAUUUCAGGAGAGCUCCAUCCUGGAGGAAAAAGUUUCGCCCCAAAGAUGUCCGUGGUGGCUUCAGCUCCGACACACUGCCUGCUAACUUCAGAGUGACCAAUAGCACAUCCACUUCACCUGCCAUUCAGCCCAAGAAACACCAGCUGGACGGGAGUGUGAGUGGCGUUCAGAGGCUCGACUCUGCUACAAUCCGAACAUAUUCCUGCUAACCCAAAGCCAGGUUUAUGCUCAUUAUCUCUAUAGGUGAAGCGACAGAAGAGGAGGCGUCCCCUUCAGGCUGCGAGUCUAAUGCACAAGCACUCUGAGAUUCCCGAAGGUUUAUCAUGACGUCUCCGAAGUAGAGGACAUAUUUUAGAUUUACGGAUUAUUCUAUUUAUGGGACAUUUCAUAUAUUUAGUUAUGUUUAUGCAUCAUUUGCCUUUUCUUCUUCUUUUUUUCCCCCAUAGCAUCUUUAACUCUUUCAGGUGUAACUGAAUGUAUUACAGAUCUGAAGUUUGUACAUUUCUAUCUAAUCAAAUCUUUUUUUUAUUAUUAUAAUUUUUUUUUUUUAAAUAAUCCUCAUUUCCUUAAUUGUGUCCAUAUCUUUGGUUUGUGAUGCUGAAACCUGAGCUGAUUCAGAUUUUUGUGACUGACUUUUUGUGAUAUAAUUUCAUCCCCUUACUUCUGUUCUUAAAUCCAUUCGGCUGUUGAUUUGUUGACGUAUUAUGUGAAUAUCAGAAUUGGUGCAUAUCUUAGAGCAUUUGUUCCACGACCCUGUGGUACUUAUUAUUAUGAUUAUAAUGAUUAUAAUUAUUCUUAUUUCAACCCCUCUGUCUCUUUCCUAUUUUUCUUGUCUGAUACCAAAACAUGUGAUAAGCCAUAAACGGUAGCAAUGACGAGGGCUACUUUCGGAUGCAUCUUUCAGCAGUCACCUUUUCCACAUGCUGAAUCUCUCCAUUCCUUUUCUCCUGCACAUGAGACACGCAUGAAGGACGUGUGUAUAGGUGUGUGUUUGUGCGUAUGUGUGUGUGUGCGUGUGCUAUUCUUCUCCGCUGGACCAACCUCACUGUGGCCUAAGCUCUAUUUGCAGUGUCCGAAAAUUGGCGUGAUUUGACCCUCCACCAUCUGAUUAAGCCUUACAUCCCUCUGUUUUUAUUUAUUCUGCUUCUCCUCGUGCCAUCAAGGCAUUUUAACCUUCUCAUGAGUCAUAUCAAAUAAAAAGGCUGGACUGUAUUCUAACUUUUUAGAGAGUCACAUUCUUUGACCUGACAAACACAAGUUCAUCCCCUGCCCUUCUGUCUUUUUGCCUCUUUUUAAGUCUCUCAUGCACAAUUCCAAUCAUGUGUUUUCCUCUCUAUUGUUAAAAAAUCUCUCCUCUUGUAACAGAAAUGCUGUACAGUCUGAGUACUUAUGAACUAUUUUUUAUCACAGUAUUAUUUAUUGCUUCCUUUCAAUAAAAAAUACUGAUCCCUAUUUUCCACUGCCAAUAAAAA